AUGCAGACUUUUCUCAGCAAUGUUAUAGUUAGUGUCAUGGUGAUUAUGAUGGCUCCACCAUCUGCCACCAACCACUCUGUUCACUGUCACACACAUCCACACGCCAUCAUCAAUUCUGCUGAGGCAACUGCUGCUGAUUUUGCCAUUUCUUUGAGGGGGAUAAAUGUCUCUCUCAUUUGUCAAUCUAUCUUAGCCUCUUCAUAUUUAUCUGUCCCAAUCUGUUCAUAUCUAUCUAUCACAAUCUUUUCAUAUAUGUCUAUCUAUCUUGAUUUGUUCAUGUCUGUCUAUCUAUCUCGGUCUCUUCAUGUCUGUCUAUCCCGUCAUUAUCCAUCUAUCUCGGUCUCUUCAUGUCUAUCUAUCUAUUCAUCCGGUCUUUCAUGUCUGUCUAUCUAUCUAUCCCGGUCUCCUUCAUGUCUGUCUAUCUAUCUAUCCCGGUCCCUUCAUGUCCGUCCAUCUCCAUCCCGUCUAUCUAUCUAUCUGUCUGGCCCCUUCAUGUCUGUCAUCUAUCUAUCUACCUCGGUCUCUUCAUGUCUGUCUAUCUAUCUAUCUCGGUCUCUUCAUGUCUGUCUAUCUAUCUAUCUCGGUCUCUUCAUGUCUGUCUAUCUAUCUAUCUCGGUCUCUUCAUGUCUGUCUAUCUAUCUAUCUCGGUCUCUUCAUGUCUGUCUAUCUGUCCUCUACCUCUCGUCUCUUCAUGUCUGUCUAUCUAUCUAUCCGGUAUGUCCUCGGUCUCUUCAUGUCUGUCUAUCUAUCUAUCUCGGUCUCUUCAUGUCUGUCUAUCUAUCUAUCUCGGUCUCUUCAUGUCUGUCUAUCUAUCUAUCUCGGUCUCUUCAUGUCUGUCUAUCUCUCAUGAUAUCUGAUGGUUCUCGAAAGAGUUUAAGUGACAAGUCCUUGGAAUAUCCAGUAUCAUCAUCUCUUCCCUAUUAUUAUUAUUAUUAUUAUUAUUAUUAUUAUCUAUCUAUCUAUCUAUCUAUCUAUCUAUCUAUCUAUCUAUCCUCAUUUACGUUUCACACAAGUGGUAUCUGGUGA